UCGAUACUACUAGCGCGAAGCGAUUACACACUUUCGAAAUAAACAAUUUUUUGUUCAAGAAAAAAUUUCGAGUGCGUGUAUUGUUGUAUUGUUGGCGACAAAAUGUCUUCGCUUAGGAAUCCCCCAGUGGCCACUAACAGCAAUGGCAGCAGCACCAUCGGCAACAACAACAACGAGUCGCCGCCGCAGCAGCAGCACUCAACGCUGGCGCACCAGGACGCAGGAGUGGCAGAGGCCAUUGCGUAUAUGCGAGAAUUUAGCACCCAGGCAACAGCCUACCACCAGCUAAAGAGCGAAGAGUCGCUGGUGUAUCUGCACCGCAGCAUCGCUCUGCUGGGAACGAAGGUGCAGCCGCAUUAUUAUGCACCGACUCCUGGAAAUCUGCAGCUGGCGCGAUUCUUUAUGGAUCUGCAUGCGCUGAUGAGUGCGCUGGACGGCGAGUGCGAGGUGCUGUGGGCAUGUGUGGGGCUGGUGCAGCACUGCAGCCGGAAUCUGGAUGCGCGUGGGGCCAUUGUCGAGAAGUUCUGCUUUGUGCCGCUGCUGAGUUUUCUACUGAAGAAAACGGAACGCGAGGAGCGGGUCUAUCGUCUGCUUUUGCUGCUGCAGGACCUAACAUAUGGCAUACACAUCGCCUGGGAGGAGCCGUAUUUGCCAGUGCUGCUCGAGCAUCUGGUGGACAUUGUCCACAAUGUGGAGGGCGAAAGUGACGACGGUGCACAGCCGCCAGCGCACGCCCUGCUGGCCCUCUCGAUACUGGUGAAUCUUUGCUAUAAGAAUUUCGUGGUGCUGUUCCUCUUCCUGCGCUGCGUGAACAUAUCCAGCUUCUGCAAACGCAUCAUUAACUACGGCCUGCUCGCCUACAAAAUGCUCAUCAUCCUCUCCGAGGAUGUGCACGCCUUUGAGCAGCGCGAGCUGCACACCUUCCUGCGCACAUGCUUUGCGGGCAUCGAGGACUGCCUCAAGAACUGGAAUGUCGCCCAGUUGCGUCACAUUGUGGACUAUCUGCUGGACUCCAAGAGCCAUGCGGGCCUCCAUCAGGCGAUGCUCUCCCACAGCCACUACUGCGAGGAUGUGGAAAAGCUACUGGAUCAAAUCGACUCGCGCAACACCAUGGACGACUCGCACGAGGAUACGCGAAAGCAUCAACAGAUCUGCCUUGACCUGAUCUUCCGCCUCAUCAGCUACAUUCUGGAUCUAUCAGUGGAGCAGAACAAUGUCAUCAGCCUGGACGCCAUCACACCGCGUCUUUACGAGAUGAUCGGCGAAUGGCUGGUCUCCGAUCUGUGCGGAGUGGCGGCCAUUGAGCUGCUCUCCACUCUGUUGCGUCGGGGCAAGGGUGCGGUCGUGGCGCAGCAGAUAGCCCGCGAGCCCACCAAUCUUGUCAGCCUGGUGGCCAGUGCCGAGCGGCCCGAAACGAAGCCAGCGCAUGUCGUGGCCAUUCUCCGGCUGCUGUUGGAUCUGCUGUGCGAGGCCAAGACGGAAAAGUUAGUGCUAUCGAAAAUAUCUGAGUCGUAUUUUGACAAAAUACUGGCCGCUCCGCUCGCCCUGACGCCACAAUCCCUGAGCAAUCAGUCGCUGGGACAGGCCGAGGUGGAGAAGGCGAUAUUCUGCCUGCUGCUGCUCAUCAAUUUUGCCAGCAUUGCCAAGAAGGCGUACUUCGAAAAGUGCUGCUCCCUUUUGGACCAGCCCCAGCUGCAGUAUUCCCUGGCCCGGGGCAUGGCCAGUGGUAACGAGCAGGUGGUGGAGGCCGUUCUACAGAUUGCCCGAUUCGAACGCUUCCCCAAGUCAGCCGUGGCCAAGCAUUUGGCAAGCAUCAACAGUGUACGACUCAAUUGCUCGUCGGUUGGUUCGGCCGCUGCUGGCUGCAGCAGUGAAGCACCGCAGCAGUGGUAUACACUCAGCUCAAUCCUCAAAUGCCAUCGCACCUUCAUUAACAAGGAGCUGUCGCAGCGCAUCGGGUCACUGGUCGACAACAUAAGCGGAAUUGUCAAGCGAAACGAACUGCAGUCGGCGCCCGUCUCGCAGGUGAUCGAACUGUACAACCAUCGCAUCGACAGCCUCAACAGCGGCAUGCUGAACGUUCAGCAGCGGCUGGAGCAGGCCAACAAUCAAUUGAUUGGCAGCACACAGCUGGCCAAUGUCCAUAAUGCCGAACUGGAACAGUUCCAGACCAAGAACUUUGAGCUGCUCAUCAGCCAGGAACGACUGCAAACACAGUGCAAGGAUCUCAAACAGCAGACACACAAGCUGAAGAGCAACAUGAGCAACUUACUGAAGCAGCUGUCCGAGAACGAGGAUCAUUUGAAGGCCAGCGAACGCCGUCUGGCCGUUAAGCGAUCGGAGGUGUCCGGCCUCCAAAAGGAUUGCGAAGAUCUGAAAACAAAGCUGAGUUCAAAGUGCGAGGAACUCAUUAAAUUGGAGUGCCUCAGCAAGGAUAGCAUAACACGCAUCGAUAAGCUUAAGAAAUCCGUGUUGGCCUAUGAGCAGGACAUCAAGGAGAAGAUUCGCAGCAUUGAGGAGCGCGAUCGUGAACUGGCCAAAACGCACAAGAGCCUCGAGGAGCAGCGUGAGGGUCGCAAAAAGUGUGAAGAUCUCGUAUCCGUGCUGGAGACACAGCUGCAGGAAAAGAAGGAGCAGGUCGAGCAUCUGGAGACGGAGCUUAAGGAAACGGAGGACAUGCGCAAGACCAUCAUGAGUCUGAUGGAAAGCAAAAAGCCCAAGCGAAAGAAUUGAGCGCCCCCAUCCCUACCCAUCGAUUCCGAUAUUCGACUGGACAUCUUAGCUUAGUGUCGCCCUAAGUAAGCAAUUUAAUUUACACUCGUCUUUUUUUGUUUUUGUUUUUUUGUAUUAUUUUAUAUAUUUAUAUACACAUUU